AUGCUGAGGACCGACGCUGCCAUGCUCCAGCACGCGCAGCAGACGCAGCCCACUGCUUUCCUCGCCCACCCCUCGCCCUCGCCCUCGCUCGCCGCCUCGAUCCGCAGCCUUCGCUCGCCACCUGCGCGCGCACCCCCGACCGCCCGCACGCCCACCGCCGCCGCCGCCGCCAGCCACGACGACGACGAGCGCAGGCGUCGCAAGCCGCCCCCGAGUCCGCUGCAGCACACGGCGGGCAGCCCUCGUUCGCCCACCACGCCAACGCCCGCCAACGCGCCCGCCAACGCGCCCUAUCGCGACGAGCCACGCAGCCCGCGCGAGCACCUCGACGCCCUCCUGCUGCUCGACCACACCACCGCUGCUGCCACGCCCUCUGCCCUCCCGACCCUGAUCGACCGCCCUCCACGAGCCCUUGGGCAUGCCAACAGCGCCGUCUCGCCAGCCAUGCCUCCCCCGUCACGGCCCUUCCGCCCCGAGACGAAGCCCAGACCCUCCCCGCGCAAUCCCUCGAUCGACUCGGCCGCCUCGUCCGCCACCUCGACUGCCUCCGCAGCCCCGCGACCACCCCCCGGCCACUCGUCCCGCCCCUCGCAGGAUGUCUCCACCGCCAACCCCCCAGACAUGGCCGCCCUCAUCGCCGCCGCCGGCUCGCCUGAGGCCGCCCUGCUAGCCAUGUGGAAGGAGAAGCAGAGCCAGGCUAGCCACAACCAGCAGCUCUGGCGCCUGGUCGAGAAGCAGCGUGCCAUGGUCAUUGGCCUGCAAAAGGACCUCGAGCGUGCGCUGCGGGACAAGGACCGCUACCGCAAGAAGAUGAAGGAAUCCGCCGACCAGGCCCUGCCAGCGCCUGGCGCACUGCAGAGGGCCGACACGUUCGAUUCCCUCGUGGCACGCGAACACAGCCAAUCACCCGCUCCCAGCGACAGACACGACGAGCUGCCUGCCAGUCACGACGAGCCGCCUGCCAGACACGACGAGCCACCUGCCAGACACGACGAGCCGCCUGCCAGACACGACGAGCCGCCUGCCAGACACGACGAGCCGCCUGCCAGACACGACGAGCCGCCUGCCAGACACGACGAGCCGCCUGCCAGACACGACGAGCCAGCGCCGGUCGAGCACAGCGCCGCACUUCAGACACAGGCGCAGUUUGCGACGCAGCUGUAUCCAGAGUCUCAGCUGGCCACCUCGCCCGCCCAUUCCUCGGUCGCGUCGCCUACCGCAUCGAGCAUCAACUCGGCCAUCAACUCGCCCACCGACUAUUCCGUCAAACCGCUGGCCCUUGGCAGCAAAGCGCUCGGUCUGGACGCCGUCAUGCACGAGAACACACUCGGCUCGCAGCGCACCCAACACACUCCACGGCCUGCGACCCCACCACAGCCUGACAGGGCUACAUCGUCUGCGUCCACUGCCCAGCCACAGCUUGCAGUGACGCAGGCAACACCAGAGCUUCGCAGCGACGGCUUCAGCUCGCCUCCACGAAAGCCUGCGCAACCCCUGCGCAAAGCCCCGCCUGCCCCUCUGAACCUGUCUAAGCCGGUGACGACCAGCGCACACCUGCACCAAGCGACCAACCAAGACGACCAUGACGACGACGACGACGACUACGAUGACACCCUGGAGGUGGACGAGAUUCCCAUUGUCGCAGAUCGGGGAAGAAGGAAGACACGCGAGGACGAUGACCGUGCACGCGAAGCCGUGACAAUCAAAGACGAAGAAGCUAGGAGCAAGUCGGCGAAGAAGAAGAGUGAAAGCAAGGGCAAGUCCAGAUCGACGCCCGUGGAAGCGUCGGGAGAGAACCCAGUACCUCAAAUGGUGGUUGCAUCGCCGCAGUCGCCUCGCCAGUUCAACCCUCUCCAGGCCGGCCUGCCACUGUCACCACGUCACCCGCCACCCGGGUCUCUGAACGCCAUGCUUAGUCCUGCAACGUCAGAAAGCUCCAUCAUGGCAAACAGAAGUGUUGGCUCCUUUGCCUCGCCGCUGUUGAGCCCAGGUCUACCGACAAGCCCCCGUCCUGGAGACAGGCCUCCCGGUUCGCCGUUACCAAGAUUUCCCAAGCAGUCGAUAACAUCCCCACCCAUGUCACCCACCGACAUCCCACCGCCGGCGCCGUCGACCCUCCAACAAUCGGGCCCGCCUCCACCGCACACCCCUCAAUCCUACCAGUCGCCUCCCGGAGCACAAGCCGAGAGACCUGCGCAGUCGAAGAGGAGUCCAGAUCUGUUGACGGUGCCCAAUGCGCAGCCAAGCCCCGACUCAACAUCAAGCAGCCCGACCCUGAACGAGAUACCGGAUGCCGAGCACGUAUACCGUGGGCUUGUCUCCGAACAGUACCCGGGACUGUUGCUCCCCCCAAACGCACUGCCUUCGAUCGAGGCCAAGGUGUUUUCGUCGCGUCUCCGCCCCUCCCGUCUGAGCAUCCUAGCUCCCAGACCACAGGAGGAAGACCCCGUUUUCAUUCUCGCCAUCUACGCACGAUCAAACAACAAGCAGCUGUGGCGUCUAGAGAAGAACAUCGCCUCGCUUCCGGCGCUAGACGCGCAGCUAAGAUCCUUGUCUGACUUUCAGGCCAGGCUUCCCGACCGCAUUCUGUUCAGCGGUCAUGCUCCAGCCAAGAUCGAUGCGCGUAGAAUUGCCCUGAACCAAUACUUUGAUAUCAUGCUAGAGACGCCCAUGAGCGAAGAGGCUGCCUUGAUGGUCUGUGACUUCUUCUCCACUGACGUGAUCGGGGCGCAGACCGGCGACAGACUGACGCCCGAGCCAACUCUAGCUCCCGCCGUCUCUGUGCCACGUACCAAAGGAAACAAAGAAGGCUAUCUUACCAAGCGGGGUAAGAACUUUGGCGGCUGGAAAGCCCGAUACUUUGUCCUGCAAGGGCCCGAGUUUAGGUACUACGAAGUCGAGGGCGGCGCCCACAUGGGGACCAUCAAGUUGCUCAACGCUCAGAUUGGAAAGCAGUCACAGCAACAGUCUAACCAGUCCCCGCAACGGCGAGAGGACGGCGAGGACAACCAAUACCGGCACGCCUUUUUGAUACUGGAGCCGAAGCGGAAAGACUCGGCAAGCCUGGUACGACACGUCCUCUGCGCCGAGAACGAUGAGGAACGAGAUGCUUGGGUCGAUGCGCUCCUGCAGCACGUAGACUACCACGACGAGACCUCACCCGUCGAGGCCAAGCCGGCCGUGCCACAGCGCCUUCAAAAGCCACCCCCGAAAGCUCCCGAUCGCUCACUGAGCCGUGACAGCCCAGACGUUGACCAACAAAACGACAGACUGCAGAGCCUCAGCUACGAUGACACCGUGGCAGCCGAGGCUCCCGUGCGCGGCCCCAAUCACCGAGACGCAAUGGGCGGUAAACCGUCGAGAGGAUCUCCUAAGAACUCGUCCUUCUCUCAGGACAGUAUGGGCCAUUUCCCUGCCAUCUCGGCUCCCAGCAACGCCACUCCAAUACAGAACGCAGAGAAUUGGGGGAACAAGGCUGUAGCUGGCCCUACGGCCGCCAGGGACAAGAAGCGUAGCAUAUUUGGCUUCCGAGGGCGCGGUGGCUCCUCCGAUCUCGCGCCCAUACAAGUCAGCAGCACACCGUCGCAAGCUGUCUCAGGAUCUCGGGGACUGCCACCGAAUCGCAACAUUUUCGGCAUGACAUUGCAAGAAGCCGUGGAGUUUUCGCGGCCUCUUGGCCUUGGCCCACAGCUACCGACCGUCGUCUUCCGCUGCUUGGAGUAUCUCCAAGAAAAAAAAGCCAUCAAGGAGGAGGGCAUCUUCAGGCUCAGCGGCUCCAACAUCGUCAUCAAGGGCCUGCGCGACAGGUUCAACCACGAAGGCGACAUCCCGCUCGUGGAAGGGCCCUACACUGAUGUACAUGCUGUCGCUUCUCUUCUCAAGCUGUACCUGCGAGAGUUGCCGGCUUCCAUCUUGACUCGAGAGCUUCACCUCGACUUUCUCAAGGUUCUCGACAUGGACGAGCGCAGCAAGAAAAUCCAGACGUUUAACGUUUUGGUGCACAAGCUUCCGGUGGCCAACUUCGAGCUGCUGCGUCACCUGUCGUCCUUUCUCAUCGAGGUUGUGGACAACGCUGCGACGAACAAGAUGACUGUCCGGAAUGUUGGCAUCGUGUUCGCACCUACCUUGAACAUUCCGGCCCCGCUUAUCGCCUUCUUCUUGACCGACCACGUGGAUAUCUUCGGCUCGCCUCUGGAUGAAGCGAGCUCUCCUAUCCACGAGAUCCGCGCCAAUGCGACCUCUCUGGGAGAUGACGCUAUCCGUUCCCCGCGUCGGCAGAUGUUCUCCGAUUUACCCACGCCGGCCUACAACGAGACCAGCUUUCCGCAGCGCUUUGAUAAACGACCGUCUCAGUUCCAGGACAGCUCUGCUCCUUCCUACCCAGCACCUCCCCCUUCACAGCAGCAGCAGCAGCAGCAGCAGCAGCACCGGUACCCGCAGCAGCACCAUCAGCAGCAGGAGCGUGGCCGCAACGGCGGCUAUGACUCUGGGUUCAUUCCCAUGCAACCUAGUUACGAUGCUUCCCAGUAUGAGCAAGCCUACCUUGGCGGUGAAGGAUACGGUAGUCUCAACAGUGCUGUUCAGGGCAACUCCCGAGAGCAACGACAGCGUCGACGUGAGAGCGGCAUGCUGCUCAUGAACAUGAACGGGAGCGUGGGCGGUCAACGAAAAGGGUCGAACGGGUCCAGCGGAUCCAGCAACCAACGAGUCCGGGAAGAGCCUCGCGCCAAUCCGCUCACGGUGCGCGAAGGGAUGGCGUUUGACUAA